UUGUGACGUGCUUGUGAUUUGUGUGAUUGUGUGAUUUUUAUUUUGAUAAUUGUUUCAUUUAAAUAUAUAUAAAAUGUCUUCAUUAUGGAAUAAAUUACAUAGUGGACGGAUCACUGCUUGAUCAUGUCUAAAAUAAACUUUAACGAAUGGAAAUCGUGGUUUCAUCAUCCUAAUCCACACGAGCAAGGAAACUAAAAAUGGGCAGUAAAAAGGAUAAAUGGGAAGCUUUAACCACCGUGAAAUCGUUUGAUUUAGGUUUAGCUCACAACAGUCACCAUGACUCCGUCUUACAACACAGUAUGCAACAGAUUGACCUUAUCAACUCCACCGCCACUACACCCAUUAGUCUACUUGUUCAAUCCCUGGUCAAGCAACUCUGUACACUCCUGGAAAAAGAUUCUUCCAAAGCAAACCAACUUUACAACACAAUAUGCGAGAAGUUACACAGCAUGAAGCUGAUAGACGAUUCCUAUGCAAUGGGUGAGUUUGAAGUCAUGAGGAGCCAGUACCAACGUGCCUUGUACCAGCUGGUUACAAUAGCUAGUGGUUCAGAAAUACCAAUAACUCUACCAGCUACAUGGCCCCUAACAAGAUCAGGUCUCGAAUGGUCGCGAUAUCACAAGGAAUUCGAGGAACUGUACUUCAUCGCUGGUGGAGGAUUUGGCAGCGUGUUCAAAGCGCGACACAGACUCGACGGCGUUGAAUACGCUGUGAAGAAAGUCUUCAUAAAAUCCUCCGAUGUAAACUCAAUCAUGACACAUCUCGCGGAAGUCAAAACUAUAGCCAGUCUCAAUCAUCCAAACAUAGUUAACUACAAAGCUGCUUGGCUAGAACCUUUAAUUGAAUCUACAGUGAAGAAGAAGCGUAAAUUCCACAUGGAUACAGAUAGCGAGGACUUGAGCUCCAAUAGAGUUUCUUCAGUAUAUACAAAUAUGAUGAAGUCCUUCAAAACAUACAAUUCCAAAGAUCUGACAAAGCAGCAUAGUCAAUCGGACUUUGUUAUAUCUUUCGAGAAUUCGGAGAGUUUCGAAAAUGACAAUUCCGAUCUGGAUGAAAGCGAGAGUGAAGACGAACCGCCGUCCGCAGAACACAACGCUAUAUGCAAGUUCUUAACUAGCGAGGAGUAUGAAAAUUGUUCACGGGUUAACUUAAAAUGGGCGACUCUCUACAUACAAAUGACGUACUGUAAGCAGACGUUGAAGCAGUGGCUGGACGAGCGCAACAGUCACAUGACGUUGGCUAGAAAGGGCUCCGAUGAGUUGGUCCUCCAACACUCCGAUUCGAAUGAUUCUGGAAGCUUCGACACGCAUAUACCGGACGUAACGUAUCCCGUCGCUUGGACGCGUAUAGAUGUUAUCGUGGACAUGUUCACGCAGUUGGUCCGGGGACUGCACUACAUACAUUCGAAGGGUGUGAUCCACCAUGACGUGAAGCCAAGUAAUGUGUUUGUGGGUGAGAGUGAGAGUGGGCUGAUAGUACAACUGGGUGAUUUUGGCCUGGCUUGUCCGUUGCAGCAGUCGCACAGUGGAUUGGCACUGGGCACGCAUCUGUAUGCCGCUCCAGAACAACUGGAGGGACAGUGUAAUCCAAAGAGCGACAUGUACUCCCUCGGCAUCAUUCUGCUAGAAAUGGUGGAACCGUUCAGUACAGACAUGGAACGCGUGAAAACGAUCACAGAUCUACGUAAAGGUCAGAUUCCCGCUCAUUUAACGGCGCAUUACCCAAAAAUAGCUCACAUUAUCGGAAAACUGGUGCAACGGAGACCCGGGAAGCGACUCGAUACUGGACAACUCUUGGACGAACUGAAAACGUUGUGUGACAGCAAAGAUGAGACCAUUAAGUCGUUGCGGGAAAAAUUGGCGGCAAAAGAUGAUGAAAUAGCGCAGUUAAAAAUGAUGCUCGCUAAGUUUAAUCAUCGUUCCUAGUACCUGUGUGUUGUGAUAGUGUUGUGGUUUGACGGAGUGUUUUUAAGUACU